AUGGAGGGCGGCUGCGGGGGGUCGUGCGGGAGCGGCGGCGGCGGUGCCCCCGGCGGGAGCGGCCCCCCCGGCGGGAGCGGCGGCGGCGGCGGCGGAGUGAUCCGCGAGCUGUGCCGGUGCUUCGGUCACUACCAUCGCUACCUGGGCCGCCUGGACCAGAACCUGCGCGACACCAAGAAGUUCUUCCGCGACAUCAGAUACUCCGGCGGGGCCGAGCCCGACCCCGGGCUGCAGGCCGGGCAGUUGAGCUGCAUUUCCUUCCCGCCCCACGAAGAGGAGUACCUGCAGCUGAGUGUGAGUUGUCUCCCCUGCAUCCUUCUACUUGGGCAAGACUGCAGUGCCAAAGGCCAGCUGCUUAACCUGCUCCUGGGGGAGCGGGUGCUGCCCACCACCAAGAUGACCAACGAGGAGACCUGCAAGCGGCGGCGCCUCCGCUUCACCCACGGGAACCAGAUGCGGGUCAGCCUGGCGCUGCCCGGGCAGUACGAACUGGUGCAAGCGCUGGCUGCUCACCAGGGCAAAUGGGAGACCAUCCCCGAGGAGGAUCUGGAGGUUCACGAGGACAAUGAGGACCCAGCCCUCCUCCUGGCAGAACUGGAGGUGACCAUGCACCACCCCCUGUUACAGGAAGUGGACAUCGUGGUGGCCCCCUGCCGGGGCUUCCAGCCGACCGCAGACACGCUGGGCGAGUUUGUGAGCGGCGGUGGCGUCCUGCCCGUGGUGGCCUACGCUCUCAGCGCGGACGCGCUGUCGGACGGGGACGAGCGGGAACUGCGGGAGAUCCGGGAACGUUUCUCCGGGCCCGUGUUCUUCUUCAGAGUGCCCAGACCGGGCCCCGAGCGGAUCUCCGCCCCCAGGAGGACGGCGCCCGACAGGUCCCCGCUCUAUCGCCAGCUCGUGGAACUGGACUACCUGAGCGGCGGCGGCGGUGGCGGCGGCGGCGGCCCGGCCGCCAAGGCCCAGAGCGUGCUGGUCGAGCAGAGCGAGAAGCUGCGGCUCCUGAGCCCGUUCUGCCAGCAGGUGCUGCAGGCGCACCUGGUGGAGGCGGCCACGGGCCUGAACUCCGUGCACUGCCGUUCUUUGGACAUCUUCAUCAACCAGGCCUUCGACAUGCAGCGGGACCUGCAGAUCACCCCCAAGCGCCUCGAGUACACGCGCAAGAAGGAGAACGAGCUCUACGAGUCCCUCAUGGGGAUCGCCAACCGCAAGCAGGAGGAGAUGAAGGACAUGAUCGUGGAGACGCUCAACGCUAUGAAAGAGGAGCUGCUGGAAGAUGCCGCCAACAUGGAGUUCAAAGACAUCAUCAUCCCCGAGAACGGCGAGCCCGUGGGGACCAAAGAGAUCAAGUGCUGUAUCCGGCAGAUCCAGGAACUCAUCAUCUCGCGGCUCAACCAGGCUGUGGCCAACAAGCUGAUCAGUUCCGUGGAUUACUUGCGCGAGAGCUUCGUGGGCACCCUGGAGCGAUGUCUGCGGAGCCUGGAGAAGUCUCAGGACGUGUCUGUCCACAUCGCCAGUAACUAUCUCAAGCAGAUUUUAAAUGCUGCCUAUCACGUCGAAGUCACUUUUCACUCAGGGUCGACGGUGACCAGGAUGCUGUGGGAGCAGAUCAAACAGAUCAUCCAGCGGAUCACUUGGGUCAGCCCUCCGGCCAUCACCCCGGAGUGGAAGCGGAAGGUGGCCCAGGACGCCAUUGAGAGCCUCAGCGCCUCCAAGCUGGCCAAGAGCAUCUGCAGCCAGUUCCGAACCCGGCUCAACAGCUCGCACGAGGCAUUUGCCGCCUCUCUGCGGCAGUUGGAAGCCGGUCACUCGGGCAGGCUGGAGAAGACCGAGGAUCUGUGGCUCAAGGUGCGCAAAGAUCACGCCCCCCGGCUGGCUCGUCUUUCCCUGGAGAGCCGCUCCCUGCAGGACGUCUUGCUUCAUCGAAAACCCAAGCUGGGCCGGGAGCUGGGCCGAGGGCAGUAUGGUGUGGUCUACCUUUGUGACAGCUGGGGUGGCCAUUUCCCCUGCGCCCUCAAGUCAGUCGUCCCCCCGGACGAGAAGCACUGGAACGACCUGGCGCUGGAGUUUCACUAUAUGAGGUCUCUGCCGAAGCACGAGCGGCUGGUGGAUCUCCACGGCUCUGUCAUCGACUACGGCUACGGGGGAGGCUCCAGCAUCGCUGUCCUGCUCAUCAUGGAGCGGUUGCACCGGGACCUUUACACGGGGCUGAAGGCCGGGCUGACCCUGGAGACGCGCCUGCAGGUUGCCCUCGAUGUGGUGGAGGGAAUCCGCUUUCUUCAUAGUCAGGGACUCGUCCACCGUGACAUCAAACUGAAAAAUGUGCUGCUGGACAAGCAGAACCGAGCCAAGAUCACAGACCUGGGUUUCUGUAAACCAGAGGCCAUGAUGUCCGGCAGCAUCGUGGGAACCCCGAUUCACAUGGCCCCAGAGCUCUUCACAGGAAAGUACGAUAACUCCGUGGACGUCUACGCUUUUGGGAUCCUAUUCUGGUAUAUCUGCUCCGGCUCCGUCAAGCUCCCUGAGGCGUUCGAGAGGUGUGCCAGCAAGGACCAUCUCUGGAAUAACGUUCGAAGAGGUGCCCGUCCCGAGCGUCUCCCAGUGUUCGACGAGGAAUGCUGGCAGCUGAUGGAGGCCUGUUGGGAUGGGGACCCUUCCCAGCGGCCCCUCCUGGGCAUUGUCCAACCCAUGCUUCAGGGCAUCAUGGACCGGCUGUGCACUUCCGCCUCAGAGCGAUCGGGCAGGGGCCUGGACGACUCGACUUGAGAGCGUGGAGGGACCUCUCCCUUUCUCUCUCACAUGCCCUUUUUUUUUUUUUCUGGUCACGGACUGAUAUCGAUCCCCUUAAAAGCUGCGGAGGGCUCCCGAGGGAAUCGUAUUUUCUGGGGAACUCGGGUCCGCCCGGAGACCGCCCAGAGGAAGGGUGAGGAGCUGAACUACUGCCCCGCCCUCACCGUCCCCAUGAGAAAAGAUGCCCCGGGUCAAGGGGAAAAGCCAAAAAGCGGGAGAGACACCCCCCCCCACAGCCCGCAAGCCUGGGGACUGUCGGGGAACCCCUCCGCAAGCACCCCCAGCUUCCAGGAAUCACAGCCAAAGCCCCCCAGUGGGAUGCCACCAUGCCAGGAGUUCCAAGAGCCACUUCUCUGACUUGUCCUCCCGCCGCCGCCGUCACCGCUGCAGACUAGGCAAGAUCUAGGUCGGGCCGACCCUCGGAACGGCGAAUUAGGGCGAGGGGAUGAUGGGAGAAGGCGCGGAGAGAAGCCGAAGUGACUCUGGCCCAGCUGCAGACCACAAGCCAGGCCUCUUAGGCACCUUUGGCAGGAUGCUUUCUUUGGGUGGUCAGGUGGCCGCAAACCCAGCCGACACUGCCCCUCCUCACAGCAGGCUCUCGGCAUGUUUACAUUUCUCUAGGAUGUGCGGAUGCACGUUUCGCAGCGGGGAGGGGUUCCCAGUUACACAGCCCAGUGACAGAGAACACUGACGGAAUAAGCUAUUGGAUUUUGAGUAAUUACUAACCCCAAAGUCCAUAACUCCUGCACGUGACAUCUCCCCUUUUCCGGAAUCUUGGGUGCGGGGAGGAGGUUCGAUGAUGCUAGAUUAAAGUGGAACUUGGGACCGUCUGAAAAGGCCUGACCUACCGUAACGGUGUUUGCGGGAGAAACCCCGUCUUCCCCCAAGGGCACGUGGGGCGGGAAAAACACUCAGGAGGUCGUUAGCGGUGACCCAGUUGACCGUUAUCCCGGGCCACCGAGAAGACUCUGAUUCAUUUUUAAAACUUAAAAAAAAAAAAAUCCCGUUCCUCACGUGUGAACCGAACGCACUGACAUUUUUAAACUCUGCUAGCUUUUUAACGAUGCCGUUAGUCCUUUUUCGCCUUUUCUUUCUAUUUUUAAGAGUCGGGAAGAACAAAAAAAGAGCAGACGGGAGAGAAAACAAGUCUGUGUAGUUGUCUGUCAGUCCGGGGGAGUCUCCCUCCCCUUCGAUGGGUGAGUAGGGACAGGACGGGCUGGAAUCGGGGUGAUUCCAAGCGAGUGCUUGUUCCGCGGUCUCAGUCGACGGGGACGAGGGAAGGGUUCUGUUAGUGGGCUGA